AUGUCACAACCACAUCACCGCCAUGUUCGUUUCAAUGUACCAAUGGACACCAAUGAAGAGUCUCUCCAUGUGUCAUCUACCGGCGGUGAGACCCAGCAAUCUAUGAAUUUUGGCUUUCAUAAGCCAGCAGCCAUUCCAAGGGAGAGUACUCUGGUGGAUAUACCUGCAGCAUCACAAUCAAAGUUCAACUUUGGUUUCAGUAGUGCAAAUGUAAAGAUGCCGCCAGCAGUGCCGGAUACCCCUGUUGCAAUUCCCCAAAGCAAGUUUAACUUUGGGUUCCUGCCCACAAACACAGACACACCGCGAGCAGUGCCAGUUGCACCUACUGCAACUGCUCAAAGCAAGUUCAAUUUUGGAUUCAUGCCAACCAACACAGACAUGCUGCCUGCGAUACAAGAUGAGCUCACUGCAAUGCCACCAUGCAAGUUCAACUUUGGGUUCACACCUACAAAAGCAGCCACGCCGCCGGCAGUGACAGUGGCACCGCUCAAAUUUAACUUUGGGUUUGCCAUCACCAUCAUCCCCGGUUCUGGGGCCAUUCAACUUUGGAAUGGAGAUGAAUUCAAGAUCGCUAAGAUCAAUUACACCAACACCGACACCCCAACCAAUGAACUUUGGUUGGCAAUGCCCUGCUUGCUCCACAACCCCAAUGAACCCGCUGGCACCGCAGUCAACUGUGGCCUCCAACUCUCAUCAUGUUGGGACAGCUGGAACUGCCAAAAUGAACCUCCACUCCUGCUGGUGGAUCACAACCUGCAUCUCAAGGGAGAUGAAUUUGAUGCACUUGCAAGGCAGAUGUUUGGCAUUGUAGUUGGCCCCAGUGAUGAGUUGUGGCAGCCCACAUCGCCAGAGAUUCAAUGUUUGCAAUGCAUUCCGGCGAAGCUUGUUAUUGAACAGACAUAUUAUAAUUACAAUAUGAACCAAUAUCUUUACUCCUGGUUCUCUUUGCAGGAGUAUCACUCACGGGAUCGGCAGCUCGGCGUUUCACUCCUGUUGGGUGUUGUUGCAGCCCCAUUGCUUCUUGUGCAUGCACCCAAUGAUGUUCCUAUUUCCUUUGAAGUGUUCUUCAACUCUGCAGGCCACCUUGCAUUGCCAGAACCAGCAACUGCCGGAACAUUGACAGUGCCAACCUGA